AUGAAACCCUCACCGGCCGUGGUGGCCGUCGCGGCCGCCCUGAGCGCUCCCCUCGUUUCCGCCAUCCACCUCGCUCCCCGCUCCGAAGCUUCUCCACGAACUCUGAGUCUGCCCAUAGAAAGAAGACAUGUCCCUGAUAUCCUUGCACAUGAGAGAUCGCGCCUGCGAAAGAGGCAGACGUCAGGCACCGUCGAGCAGACCCUGGACAACGACCAAAGCCUCUACUACGCCAAUAUCACACUCGGCACGCCCGCACAGUCGUUACGGCUGCACAUCGACACGGGCAGUUCCGAUCUGUGGGUGAACACGGCCAGCUCUUCCUUCUGCUUGGCGAGCACGGAUAACUGUGAAGGCGGCACCUAUUCGUCUGCCCAAUCAUCCACCUACAGGCUGGUCAAUGACCUGUUCAAUAUCUCUUACGUCGACGGCAGCGCCGCGGUGGGCGACUACGUGACCGACACGUUGGGAUUUGGCGGCGUUACGCUAAACGACUUCCAGUUUGGCAUUGGCGAGGUCUCCUCUUCCUCACAAGGCGUGCUAGGGAUUGGCUACAUGUCGAAUGAAGUCCAGGUCCAGCGCGCCAACCUGGAUCCAUAUCCCAAUCUUCCCCAAGCACUGGUGGACGCCGGCCACAUCGCCUCGAACGCAUACUCGCUGUGGCUGAACGAUCUGGACGCCUCCACGGGAGAACUCCUGUUCGGCGGCGUCAACACCGAAAAGUACGAGGGCGAGCUCGCCACCCUCCCCAUCCUCUCCGAAGGCGGCGAAUACUACGAACUCAGCCUCGCCUUGACGGGAGUGACGAAUGCCGGCUCUGACCUCUCCUCCUCAUCCUCGUUCCCUACCGCGGUGCUGCUCGACUCCGGCGCCACACUCACCUACCUCCCCAACGACAUCACCCAAGAAAUCUACAACUCCGUGCAAGCUGUCUACCAAUCCGACGUGGGCGCCGCCUACGCACCGUGCGCGCUCGCCUCCUCCUCGGCCACCAUCGACUACAGCUUCUCUGGCGUGACCAUCAAAGUGCCGUACAACGAACUCUUCCUCUCGGCCGGGACGAACAACUUCGGCCAACCCAUCACUUUCACGAACGGCGAGGAGGCCUGCCUGUUUGGCAUCGCCCCUGCUCAAAGUGGCAUGGCCGUGCUGGGAGACACCUUCCUGCGGUCCGCCUAUGUGGUGUACGACCUCUCGAACAAUGAGAUCAGCCUGGCGCAGACCGUCUUCAACUCCACGACCGACAAUAUCCAGAUGAUCACAAAGGGCGACAAUGGCGUCCCCAACGCCACCCCGGUCUUCGACCCGGUGGGCGACGUGACCGCCACCACCGGCGGCGCCAGACUUGGCGACUCGUCAGCCACGGCUAACCCAUUCAAUGCCGGCUCCAAGAACAAGCAAGCUUCGAGCAUGGGUGCCUUGGUCGCAGCAGUGUUUGCCGUCGCCGCCACGUUGGUUUUGUCGUGA